GUCCUCACGGCCUUCACUCAACGCAGCAACGACGUGCUCGUCGAGAAACCCAAUCUCGAGCAGAUUUCAAAGCGGACAUAUAGUAAUAAGCCAGUAAUCGAAAGCCGUCCAUGUCGUUCUUUGGAAGAUCGAACACACCGCAACCACCCCCUGGCCAACCCCACGACCUUACGAUCGGAAACCUGCCGCCCCAACGCGCUGAGAUGAGCAACUAUAGUGUCGUGGGUACACCCAACGAGUCGUUAGCUUUGCGUAACUGUCUAGUUGUACACCCUUCGGAGUUCCAGAAUGGCGCCCACGUCCUCGUUAAUGGACGAUUUCCAGUUACGAUCUGCCACGAUACAUCUAAAUCAAUAAAUCCGGGGGUCGUUGCUGUGCCGGCGUCCCUUCGUCAGUGGAUGGCACUUUCCCUUAGCGGAGAUUUCAUCACUGUUACCUUGCUACCCUCACCACCACAUUCUCAAGCACCGCCCUUCCUCCAAUCUGUCGAUCUUCAUGCCAGCUUUUGGAAGAGGGGAUACGUCAACGAAGUCCCAUACAACGUGGACGAAAUGGUACAAAAGUUCCUUGCGGCCUACAGUGGCUUGGUGCUUGCCCCGGGUGGUAUUUUGACCGUAGACUUCAAAGGUGACAAACUGAAACUUGUCGUUGCUUCGAUGAACGUCGUAGAACUCCCUGAUGGAGGACUAGGCGGAAAGACUCAGAUUGAGAUGGGUGUGUUAAUGCAGAGAACGGACGUCAAUAUCCUGAAAGAAGGCGACAGCCCCAUGAGGCUGAAGUCUGGUGCAAAGAGGGCAGCUACGAAUGCGAUUAUUGCGCCAAACUUCAAGUUUGAGGACAUGGGUAUUGGUGGUCUUGACGACGAGUUCGGUGCCAUAUUCCGUCGCGCUUUUGCAUCGAGAGUAUUCCCGCCUAGCGUUGGCAUUCUAUUGCAUGGGCCUCCGGGCACGGGAAAAACACUGAUCGCAAGACAAAUUGGGAAGAUGCUUAAUGCCCGAGAGCCAAAGGUAGUCAACGGCCCUGAAAUCUUGAACAAGUACGUAGGUGCAUCGGAAGAAAACAUUCGCAAGCUAUUCGCGGACGCAGAGAAGGAGUAUAAGGAGAAAGGAGACGAAAGCGGGCUUCACAUUAUCAUAUUUGACGAACUAGAUGCUGUCUUCAAGCAGCGUGGCUCGACGAACAACGGCACCGGCGUGGGUGACAGCGUCGUCAACCAGCUCCUAUCCAAGAUGGAUGGUGUAGAUCGCCUGAAUAAUAUCCUUGUCAUUGGUAUGACCAAUCGAUUGGACAUGAUUGAUGAGGCGCUCCUCCGGCCGGGUCGUCUGGAGGUACACAUGGAAAUAUCAUUGCCCGACGCGCGUGGCCGUUAUCAAAUACUGCGAAUACAUACAGCCAAAAUGCGCACGAACAAAGUGAUGGACGAUGACGUCGAUCUGGAGGAGAUUGCGCAACUGACCAAGAACUACUCGGGUGCAGAAAUAGAGGGGUUUGUCAAGAGCGCCACCAGUUUUGCAUUGAACCGACACGUAAAAGUUGGGACAUUGGCAGGGAUAUCGGAUGAUGUUGAAAACUUGAGGGUAAAUAGAGAUGAUUUCAUGAGAGCUCUCGACGAAAUUAAACCUGCCUACGGUGUCUCCGAAGAAGACAUCACGGACGUAGUCAAGAAUGGAAUCAUCACGUUCGAUGCAGAGAUUCAGGAUAUUCUUCAGAAAGGAAAACUAUUUGCGAACCAAGUUGCCAAGUCCGACCGGACACCGCGGGUUAGUGUGUUGUUGCAUGGCCUACCGGGUUCAGGCAAGACAACGUUGGCAGCUACCAUGGCCGCCAAAUCGGAUUUUCCCUUCAUCAAAAUCAUAUCCCCGAAUCGUAUGGUGGGAUUCUCAGAGGCACAAAAAGUUGCUGCCAUCACGAAAACAUUCCAGGACAGUUACAAGAGUCCUUUGAGCGUCAUUGUCGUGGACAACAUAGAAAGGCUUUUAGAUUGGACGUAUCUCGGAAAUCGUUUUUCAAAUGCUGUGCUACAGACAUUGCUCGUGCUCAUCGCGCAAAAGCCUCCAAAGGGUCGUCGUCUGUUAGUGUUAGCAACCUCGUCGCUUGGCUCCCAUCUCGUCGAUUUGGGUUUCACGGAAGUAUUCGAUGCCCAAAUUAAGGUUCCUCCUGUUUCCAACCUCCAGCAGCUUGACGUUAUCCUCCGUGACGUUGAUUUCUACGACACCUCCGUGCGAGAGAUGGUGAAGAGCCUUCCAUACCCGAGGAAUGCCGCUGAAUCGGAGGCUUCGAAUGUUCCACUCUUGGUCGGUAUCAAGAAGCUAUUAAGCAUCAUUGAAAUGGCAAGACAGGAGCCAGAGGAUGCUGCGAUCAGGUUUAUGCAGGGUCUCGCGGGUUUGAACGGAUAGAACAUUGUUGUAGCGAUAGUACUACUAUACCCUCCUUGAUCGUUGUGUGUAAUGUAUCCUAGGAUUGCCUGUCGCACCACUACUUUGUCGGUAACCGUAUAUGGCCAAGGUUACGGGAGA